AUGGAUAUAAACUGUUUAGUUGAAGGCGAAGACCCUUAUGAUAACAUUUUUGUUAUCAGGAUUAAUAAAAAUGAACACGUAAAUGAUCUCAAAAAAGCUAUAAAAAUGAAACUUAUGGAACUUGUAGGUGACUAUAAAGAACUAAAGUUAUGGAAAGUAGAUGUCACGCUCGAUAGACCCAAUGAAAAGUUGGAAGUACUUGAAAACAAAGAAUGUGCCGUAAUUAAAGAACACUUAGAAGGGAUGAGGCUUGAUGCAUUUAAGAAAAUUAACGAGUACUUCCCUGAUGUUCCAAAAGAAUAUCGAUAUCGCCUUAGUAUCAUUAUUGAACGUCCACCAGUGAUUAAAAGUAUUUCGAGUCAAGUAAUUAUAGAAUUUUCAAUUAAAAUUUCGCAUGGGAUGCAUCGCAAGUCGCUUCCUUGGAUUGUGGACCUAUCCAGUGUAUCACUAAAUGAUAUAAAGCACGAAAUUCUCGACAACUUGCCUUUUCCGCAAGAUACGACAACAGAUAUUUUGACGUUACGUUUUAGCAGAGAAAAUGACAAAAGCUCUGCAGAAUGGGAAUUUAAAAAUGAUAAUAAUAAUUUCCAAGAAUAUAUCGAAUACUGUGUUAUGACUUCGUCUUUGUCGCUUAAAGUCCAAGUAUAUACAUUACAAAAAGCAUUCUCUGAAUGGAAACUUGGAACGGUUUGUGAUCUGUUCAAAUUGCCACCUUAUUUCGAAGAAUUUUCCAAGUUUAAUUGUGGAGUCGACGGUCUUGAAAAUUCAAAAGCCGAGGAGUUAUUAAAGCAUCUCUAUAAUGAUCUUAGACUCCGUAAAAAAGUUAUCCGUGGUAGUUCAAGAGCCACUAAAAGCCAGUUUAUCGUACCAUUUCUCGUGAUAGCAGCGUUGCUAUUUGAUGGGAUGGUUAAACUAUACCCAGAAUAUAACAUCCAGGGAAAAUAUGGGCAAGGACCACUGGAUUUCUGUUUAUACCUAAAAGGAAUAAUCGUCGGUGUUGUGGUGGUGAAGAAUGAAAAUUUUAAUCAAGGCGUGGCGCAGAUCGUUAUGCAACUUCAUAGUUCACUCGAGAAAAAUAGGAAACGAAAACGUAACGAAAUGGAAGAAAUAGAAGACCUGUUCGUUGACAAGGCAUACGGAAUUGUUACAGAUAGUUUUGUGUGGUAUUUUAUCGAGUGUACUGUGAAUGAAGAUGAUAAACUAAAAGUUAGCAUUCAUUCGAGGUUUGGAUCCAUAAUUGACUGGAGUAAGGAGUUAGAAUCAUUGGAGAGUGGAGCGCGUAGAAUUUUAGGUCAUAUUGUUUGGUUGUUGAAAGAGGCAGAAAAGUUGAUUGAGUUUAGAGUUAUAUCCAUCGAUUAUCAAUAA